AUGACCUCCCCGCGCUGGAAAAGAUUUCUGGGGCUGUCCCUGUGGCUAGCCGGGCUGGCGGGAGGAAGUACCAGCGGAGAGUACUUCGCGGUUUGCGACGCUGGAAGCACCGGCACUCGCUUGUAUGUCUUCCUUCUCGAUGCCGAAGGCGGCAAAGCCAAGUCAGUCUUUGUGAAGAAGAGGAAGCCGGGGCUUUCGUCGUACCGGGCGAACCCCGACGAUGCGGUGCCCCCCUUGCUCGAACUGCUGAAGGAGGGAGCCGCGACGAUUCCGGAGGAGCGGCGUGCCAAGGUUCCUCUCCUCAUCUACGGCACGGCUGGGAUGAGGCUUCUUCCUGCGGGGGAGCAGAGCUUGAUCUGGUCGACGCUCCACGCGCAGCUCGCCGGUGCCAAGGACUUCCCAUUCGACCAGGGCGCCUUUCAGGCCCGCACAGUCAGCGGUGACGAGGAGGGCCUUUGGGCCGUGCUGGCCACCAACUUUCUGAUGGGCCGGAUGGGCCACGACUUGUUAUCACAUGGGCAAGGAAAGCCGUUAGGUCUGAUGGAUCUCGGUGGAUCGAGUACUCAGAUCGGCAUCCCAUCGCCAGUCGCGGCGGAGAAAGGGAUCAACUUCUCCAGUGGCGUGCUGGUCAAGAGCUACCUGGGAUUCGGAAUGACGCACAUCCAGCACAAGGUGAGAAGCAAGUUUGGGAGUGACCUCAGUUGCUAUAUGCAGGGCUCGCAGACCAAAGAGGAAGGUCCUCUUCAAGGAGACCGCUUCGGAGAUGCGCCUAACUGCCGCAAGCUCAUUGCGGACCUCCUUCAGCAGGAGUCGACUUCCUGUCUAGCUGAAAGUCAGGGCGCCUGCCUCGGGGAUCUGAAGGGCAACCAGGACAGCGCCAGGGCAAUUGAGGGGGACGUGGACUUCUACGGCGUCUCUGGGCUGACUUACGUCAUGGACUUCGUCCGAUGGUGGCUGCAGAACUCCGAGCAGAAACAUCCCUUUCUGGACAGCUAUCCGAAGCCUACGCUGAACGAGCUUCAGUCGGCUGUCGACCUCAUGUGCUCCGGGCAUUACCAGAGGAUCAAGGACUGGACCGACCAGAAGUCGACGAGGCAUCAGUUUACCGACUACGACAACCUGCCCUUCCGAUGCUUCCAGGCCAACUACAUCUUAGUGCUUCUGGGAGAAGUGUACGGCUUUGCGAAAGAUUCGCGGAAGGUCACUUUUGCCCUCGAGGUGGACGGAGAAGACCUUGAGUGGCCUCUAGGGGCCCUUCUUCACGGGCGCUCUCAACCCGGGCAAGCAGAGGCCACAGGCGAACUGUGA